AUGGAGGAAUUAGUGGGGCUUCGUCAGGGCUCCUCCAGGAAGCCAGUGCCAUUGCAAGAACUCUGGGGGCCAUGCCCACGCAUCCGCAGAAACAUCCAUGGGGGCCUAGAGUGGCUGAAAGAGCGGCUGUUCCGUGUGGGUGAGGACUGGUACUUCCUGGUGGCUCUCGGAGUGCUCAUGGCUCUGAUCAGCUACGCCAUGAACUUCGCUAUCGGGCGCGUGGUCAGAGCACACAAAUGGCUGUAUAGGGAGGUUGGGGACGGCCACCUGCUCCGGUACCUCUCCUGGACCGUGUACCCCGUGGCUCUUCUGUCCUUCUCCUCCGGCUUCUCACAGAGCAUCACGUCAUCCUCUGGAGGGUCUGGGAUCCCUGAAGUGAAGACCAUCUUGACCGGUGUGGUCCUGGAGGACUACCUAGACAUCAAGAACUUUGGGGCCAAGGUGGUGGGCCUCUCCUGCACCCUGGCAACAGGCAGUACCAUCUUCCUGGGAAAACUGGGCCCCUUCGUGCACCUGAGCGUGAUGAUCGCUGCUUACCUUGGCCGCGUGCGCACCAAGACCGUCGGGGAACUUGAGAACAAGACCAAAGAAAUGGAAAUGUUGGCCGCAGGAGCAGCGGUGGGCGUGGCCACGGUCUUCGCAGCCCCCAUUAGCGGUGUCCUGUUCAGCAUCGAAGUCAUGUCUUCUCAUUUCUCCGUCUGGGAUUACUGGAGGGGCUUCUUCGCUGCCACCUGUGGGGCCUUCAUGUUCCACCUCCUGGCGGUCUUCAACAGUGAACAGGAGACCAUCACCUCUAUCUACAAGACAAGUUUUCCAGUGGACAUACCCUUUGACUUACCAGAGAUCUUCUUUUUUGUGGCCCUGGGGGCCAUCUGUGGCAUCCUGAGCUGCGGGUACAACUACUGCCAGCGGACUUUCUUAUUUUUCCUCAAGGCCAAUGUGUUUACCUCCAAACUGCUGGCUACCAGCAAGCCCUUGUACUCAGCUCUGGCCGCUGUGGUCCUGGCUUCCAUCACCUAUCCCCCUGGUUUGGGCCGCUUCAUGGCUUCCCGGCUGUCCAUGUCGGAGCAUCUGGAGACACUGUUUGAUAACAACUCCUGGGCCCUGCUGACCAAGAACUCGUCUCCACCCUGGGCAGUGGAACCUGAUCCCCAGAACCUGUGGUUGGAGUGGUGCCAUCCACAGUUGACUGUCUUUGGGACACUAGUCUUCUUCCUGGUCAUGAAGUUCUGGAUGCUGAUUUUGGCCACCACCAUCCCCAUUCCCGCUGGAUACUUCUUGCCCAUCUUUGUCUACGGAGCUGCCAUUGGGCGCCUCUUUGGGGAGGUUCUAUCUGUUGCCUUUCCAGAAGGCAUUGUGGCUGGAGGAAAGGUCAAUCCCAUCAUGCCUGGGGCCUAUGCUCUGGUGGGUGCUGCUGCCUUCUCAGGGGCGGUGACCCACACCCUCUCCACUGCCCUGCUGGCCUUUGAGGUAACAGGCCAGAUCGUUCAUGCACUGCCAGUGCUGAUGGCCGUGCUGGCAGCCAAUGCCAUCUCACAGAGCUUCCAGCCCUCUUUCUACGAUGGCACCAUCAUUGUCAAGAAACUGCCGUAUCUGCCAUGGAUUCGUGGCCGUAAGAUUGGUUCCCAGGCUGUGACUGUGGGUCACUUCAUGAACUGUGCCCUCAUCACGCUGGCCAAGGACAUGCCCCUGGAGGAAGUAAUCAAAGUCGUGAUCUCCACCGAUGUGACCCAGUACCCCCUGGUGGAGACUACAGAGUCUCAGACCCUGGUGGGCGUUGUAAAAAGGACCCACUUGGUGCAAGCCCUCCAGACUGAGCCAGCUUCCUGGGCUUCAGGCCAGCAGCCCUGUCUCCAGGAUAUCUUGGCUAAUGGCUGCCCCACCCAGCCAGUGACACUGCAGCUGUCCCCGGAGACCUCCCUGCAUGAGACACACAACCUCUUUGAGCUCCUGAACCUUCAGUUGCUGUUAGUGACGUCACGAGGCAGAGUUGUGGGCUCUGUGUCCUGGCUGGAGCUGAAGAAAGCAAUUUCAACCCUGACCAAUCUGCUCGCCCCCAAGUGA